AUGGCGACACCGGGGAGCGGGUUGCCGUACGACCCCACCACCACCGCCGCCAGCGAACACCCCGAUCAGCCGCCGGCCAAGCGGGCGAAGACGCAGGCUUGCUCCCGCUGCCGUCGUCGAAAGCAAAAAUGUGACGAUCAGAGGCCGUGUGCCAACUGCGCCAGGUCCGGCGAGCAGUGCAGCGAGGCGGUGCCGUCCUUCCAUUACCAUCCCCGUCCUUCGGACCAUCUAUCCUCGACACACACGCCCCUGGCCUGGCUGGGUGACAUCGCCUCGUUGGAGGAGCGCAUAUCGCGUCUCGAGGAGAGCAACGCACGGCUCCAGGACGUUGUUGAUCGCAAAGGGCUCGCACUAGACAGCGCUCGAGCUGAGCAGACGUCGUCGUCGCACGAGGAGAAUCAUCAUCAUCGACGUCGAGUCUCCUUCGCUUCUCGCAGCGCAGAGACGUCUCUCACUAGAAGCUCACCGGCAAUCGGCUUGCUCGCGACCUUUGCCCGUUCAGACGAGGACAGCAACCUCCCACCACUCACCUUUCAAGAUGGCUCUGGCACAGCUACUACUCGCCGGCCCGUCAGCCAGCAUGGAGUAGAGGGGACGGUAGACAGGCCGACGGAAGAAGCCCUCUUCAACGUCUAUCACGACAAAGUCCACUGCUGCUACCCCUUCCUCCGCCUCGAUGACUUCCGCGAUCCCGUCAAGCGCCCCAGCGGCGUCUGGGCGUCCUACUUUGUGAACAUGAUCAUCUCCAUCGGCCUGCUCCUCGACAAGUCGCCCGCCAGCGAACCAAUCCGCCAUCACAGCCACCAGUCCUUCUACCGCACAGCCGUCACAAAGUACCUCUCCCACGUCUUCGCGCAGCCGGACCGCCUCCUGCACAUCCAGGCGUACCUCCUCCUCGCCAUGCACGCAAUCUACUCCCCGUCCACGGAGCGCAUCAUCUCCAUCGCCUCGGCGACGAUGCGCUACUGCGUCAUGGCCCAGCUGCACCGCGCCGACGCCGAGCCGCCGCCGCUCUCCGUGCAGACCAAAAUCGACACCCAGAUGCGCCGCCGGGUCUUCUGGUCCGCCUACACCCUCGACCGCGCCGUCGGCACCAUGUUCGACCUCCCGUUCUCGGUCCCGGACUACCAGAUCACUGUCAAGAUGUACGCCAACGUCGACGACGCCGACCUCGCCGCGCGCUGCGCCGCGUCCUUCCCCGCGGACCCGGACACCGGCCGGCGGCUGACCGGCGUCUCCGCCGCGCUGCACGUCGUCUACUGCCGCCAGAUCCAGUCCGAAAUCCUCAACACGACGCUGCACCGCGACUUCGACACACAAUUCGACCGCGCCUCCCACUGGCGCCUGCGCGUGCUCGAGAAGCUCGACCGCUGGCGCGCGCUGUGCCACCGCUAUGCCGACACCUCUUCGCCGCUGCGCAACUUCACCAGCUCGGAGUGGCUGCACAUGAUCUACAAUUAUAGUCUGGCGAUGCUGUACCAGCCCACAAAAGCAACGGCCGCCGGCCCCGCGGGCGACUGGACAGUCAAAUCGUGCGUGCAGGCGUGCCUCAUCUUCCGGCGGUUCCAGCGCGAGACGCCCAUCACGGAGCUGUGGCUUGGGCUGGUCGCGCAGUUCAAGUGCGGCGUCGCGCUGCUGUACUGCUUCUUCGCGACGCCGCCGCACCUGCGGACCGCGGCGUACGAGCUGCCUGAUGCGUCGGAGGCGGUGCGGGCGUGCAGCAUCGUGCUGUCCAUACUCGCCGAGCGGUGGCCGCAGUCCAAGUGCUUGAGGGAUGCAUUCGACACGCUCGCGAGGGAGGUCCCGCUGUUUGAGCCAAAGACGGAUGCGGCUGCUGCCCCGCGGAAGAUGAGGCGGGAGGCCGCGGAUGCGCUGAUGGCGGCGAUGCCGCAGCUGGAGGUGAUUGUCGUGCACCGCAACACGCUGCGCAUGAUCCGGGAGAUGGCGCAGGAGGAGUUCCCGCGUCCGCCGCCGGAUGAUGCGCAGCAGCAGAAGUCGCUGAGCGAGAUUGAUGUUCUUGCUGAGGCAACGGCUCACCUUGCCGAGGAGGACUCGCCGUCGUGGCGGACGAGUAUUACGGGUGACAUAUUCCAGCCCAUCACGCCGCACUUUUUCCAGGCGAACGUGCCCCUCGACGCGGACAGUUUUGAUUAUACCGCGCUGGGGUUUCCUGGGGAGUUUGACUUGCUGGAUGGAUGA